AUGGAGGAGUUGGAUAAGUUAAUGGCAAAUGCAUGGAAUAUGUAUCAUGAGCAAAAGGCCAAUGAAAACAAGAAUCAAAGAACUCCAACUGAAGCACAGAUACAUGAAACAGUGGAUCUUCCAGAGUAUUUCAAUACUCCAAGGCUAGACAUACCAACUCCAAAGUUCAGAUUAAGAACCCCAAGCCCAGAACCUGAAAUUCCUUCCAACUCUGAAAUUCCUUCAAACUCUGAAAUCAGGAAGCCUGCCAAGGAAUCUGCAUCAAAUGAAACACCAGAAACCACAAGGAUUGAAAUUGCAAAAUACACAAGCUUCAACUUACUAUCGCCUGUUAGGGAAAAAGGAAGGGAAAAAAGGAAUGUGGAUAGACUUCCAUUGAACUUAAGGUCUCCUUUCAUGAUUGAAAAUGAAAGCAAAUUCAAGAAUGUUGAAGAAGGGUAUAGGAGGGUGGCAGAGUAUGCAUUUGUUGAAGGAGAUAUAACGGAGAUCUUGUAUUAUGACACCGUCACCACAAUCACUAGAGAAGAUAUACAUACUCUGGCAGCUAAGGAACAUCUCGUGAACAACAUUAUUGAUGCUUAUUCAUAUAUCCUAAACAUGGAAAACAAAAGGAGGGGUGUAGGGAAAACAAACAGAUUCUUUUUCUCCACACAAAUUUACCUUACACUAUGCACAAAGACGUAUUUCAAUGCAAAGGAUACACAAGAAGAGAGAAUGGAAUUUCUGUUUAGAAGGAUGGAAACAGAGAUGAAUCAUGCAGGAGUGGACAGCUUCAAAAAUAUACAACUGUUGAGGGGGUUUGCAAAAAUUUUCUGCCAUAUCGACAAGAUUCAAAGCACAGAGUAUGUGGAAUCAUUUAAAACUCGGACAAUUAAAAUGCCAUGGAGAAGCUUAAGCAACAAGAAUGAUUGUGGAGUGUUUUUGAUGAGGCACAUGCAGACAUAUGAGGCAGAAGAUGCAGAAAAAUGGGAAUGUGGACUUGAGAAAGACAAUAUUGAAAUACUACAAAAACUGAGGGUAGAAUAUUGUGGGAAAAUAUUAUCAUCAAAGCUGAAUGACGAGCAUCAUGCAAUUUCAAUGAAGUCGAGGAAAUGGAAGAAAGAGAUGAGAAUAGAUUAGAUUAAAUAUGAUUAGACUAGAACUUUAUUAUAUAAUACUUUGAUUUGAAGGUAGUUUGAAUUACAAUUUCUGUGUGUUCCUUUUUUAAUUUGAACCAAGGUUAUGUAGUCUAGAUAAUAUUUGAAAAAGAUUGUGUGUGUUGAUUUUCACAUGUUGUUUCGGAUAAUAUAUGCAUGUUUUGAUUUCUAAAAUUAGAUUUAUCAUAAGUUCAUUGCGUGUUUAUUUACUAUUAAUUUAAUAUGUUUCAAACAUAUAUUGGCAACUUCUAAUAGUAGCAAGAUAUGUUAUAAUAGAAAUUCUGAUACACAAAACAAUAUUUUGAACCCGUACUCGUCCUAUGUAAAA